UUGCCAAACAAUGCAUCCUCUCAAAAUCUUCCCUCACUGAUUUUCUCCAACAAAUAUAAAAGGAAAUAUGCAGCACCAAUUCUGAUCUUCCUCGACAAUCCCUCGACACCCAUCCUUUUUCAAUUUUCAGUUUCACCUUCUCUUUUUUUUUCGAUCUCUUUCUCAAAUUCAAUCCGAUUUGGUUUUUGGAUCAUCGUUUUUGUUAAAUCCGAUUCAAUUUUAUCGAAUUUUAGGAUCGGUAAACCAAAAAGGGAAUUGAAGGGCGGGAAUGGAAAGAUUGACAAACAAUCAUAAAGCAAAGAGAGAUUGAGAAAUCAAAGGAUGCCGGGAUUAGCGCAAAGAAAUGAGCAAUAUAGUAAUGCGUUUUGGUCUAAGCAUAAUGACGAUGUUAGCUACAAUCAGCUCCAGAAGUUCUGGAGUGAGCUGUCAUUGCAAGCAAGGCAGGAGCUCCUUAGAAUUGAUAAACAAGCCCUCUUUGAGCGAGCUCGCAAGAAUAUUUACUGCUCCAGAUGUAAUGGGCUUCUGCUUGAAGGUUUUCUGCAGAUAGUCAUGUAUGGAAAAUCCUUGCAGCUGGAGGGAGUAGCUGGUAACCUUCAUCACAACAGGUCAAGAGUCCCAAAAAAUGGAAUUGAUGAUGGAUUGAGUUUGACAAAUGGGACACAAGAAGAAAUUCAAGAUCCAUCUGUUCAUCCUUGGGGAGGUUUGACAACAACUCGUGAUGGUUCAUUGACGCUUCUUGACUGCUAUUUGUGUCCAAAGUCACUGAGGGGUCUACAAAAAGUGUUUGAUAGUUCACGAGCGAGGGAGCGAGAGCGCGAAUUGCUGUAUCCUGAUGCUUGUGGAGGGGAAGGUCGGGGUUGGAUAAGCCAAGGAAUUGCAAGUUAUGGUAGAUUCCAUGGAGCAAGAGAAACAUGUGCACUGCACACUGCCAGGCUUUCUUGUGACACCUUGGUGGAUUUCUGGUCAGCUCUUGGAGAAGAAACUCGGCGAUCUCUUUUAAGAAUGAAGGAAGAGGAUUUUAUUGAGAGGCUCAUGUACAGGUUUGACAGCAAGAGGUUUUGCAGAGAUUGCAGAAGAAACGUUAUCCGUGAGUUCAAGGAGUUGAAGGAGCUAAAACGGAUGCGUAGAGAACCUCGAUGCACUAGUUGGUUUUGUGUUGCUGAUACAACCUUUCUGUAUGAGGUAUCUGAUGACACAGUCAAGGCUGAUUGGCACCAAACUUUUGCCGACACUAUUGGAACUUACCAUCACUUUGAAUGGGCAGUUGGAACUGGGGAAGGAAAAUCAGAUAUUAUGGAAUUUGAAAAUGUUGGCAUGAGUGGAAGUGUUCGAGUCAGUGGUUUGGAUCUUGAUGGCUUGAGUUCGUGUUAUAUUACCCUGAGGGCCUGGAAAUUGGAUGGCCGCUGCUCUGAAAUUUCUGUAAAAGCCCAUGCAUUAAAGGGCCAACAAUGUGUGCAUUGCAGGCUUGUAGUUGGAGAUGGUUAUGUUACAAUCACAAGGGGUGAAAAUAUUAGAAGAUUUUUUGAACAUGCCGAAGAGGCUGACGAAGAAGAGGAUGAUGAUUCCAUGGACAAGGAUGGAAAUGACGUCGAUGGAGAAUGCUUCCGUCCCCAAAAGCAUGCGAAGAGUCCUGAACUUGCUCGAGAGUUUCUUCUUGAUGCGGCUACUGUUAUAUUUAAGGAACAGGUUGAAAAGGCUUUUAGGGAAGGAACUGCACGCCAGAAUGCACACAGUAUCUUUGUUUGUCUUGCAAUAAAGCUGUUGGAGGAACGUGUUCAUGUUGCAUGCAAGGAAAUUAUUACAUUGGAAAAGCAGAUGAAGCUUCUCGAAGAAGAAGAGAAGGAAAAGCGUGAAGAAGAAGAACAGAAGGAGAGGAAAAGAAAAAAAGAACGAGAGAAAAAGCUCAGGAGAAAGGAGAGGCUGAAAGGAAAGGAAAGAGAGAAAGAGAAAAAAUGUGCGGAGUCGAGCAUUGCACCUGCUGCUCCUGAUUUAUCCAAGGAAUUAUCUUCAACAAAUAUCGAAGUUGAAGAAAAUAUUGCUAUUGAUUGCAGUGACUCCGUGAGUGAGACAGGUGAUAUGAUUGUGUGUACACAGGAUUCUAUAGACAAUCUAGGAGAACGGUUUUUAGAUGAGGAUUCGACUACAAGUUUGCAAAGUCACUCUUUUGGUAGUCCUGACGGAGAAGAUGCAAAAGUAAAAGAUGGUAAUGGCUCUUUCACUAUGGAACGAUCAAAAUUUUCUCGACGGAGAUUGAAAUUUUGCAAGGAUGGUCAAUUUGAUACUUCUGUGAAAUGGUCUGAUCGGCGUCGGUUUGCUGUUUCUGAAAGUUCUCCUGUUAAUAGAUGUGAAGCUAGAUAUAGAAGUGAAAACUUUGAGGUUCCUUCAAGGAGCACCAAUGGAUUAAAUAGGCAGUCCAGGAUAAGCAGUGCAAAGUCCAGUAGCCGGAAUUCUGAUGUUAAGUAUGCUGAAAAGUUUCAGUGUCCAAACAGUCGGAGUGAGAGAUAUGAAUUUUGCAGUUGUGGCCAACACAAUGAGUACAGAACCAAGAUUGAGCCAUAUGUUUCUGCUACUAGAGAAGGCCGAGAACUGAAGUCCGUAAGCAAGUCAAAUUCUGCAUUGGAUGUGUCCAAGCAAGUCUAUCGUGGUAACAAGUAUAAUCAACAAGAGUACAUACACGAAGAAUGUGGAAGACUAAAAAAUAAAAUUAUUGCAGGUAACAACCUUUCUGGUCGAGAUUCACUUCUUUCCAAGAAAGUUUGGGAGCCAGCAGAAGCCCAGAGAAAUUACCCACGGAGCAACUCAGAUACAGAUGUUACUCUAAGGUCAUCUAGUUACAAUGAAGGAGCUGGAGCUGAUCAUAACUUUGUUAAGUCAUCUGGUGAGACAUGCUCAAGCGAAGCUAGUUUAAAUUUGGGUGAAAUUAAUCACGAGCACAGCAAAGUUAACAAGUCAAGCACUCUUGCAACAGAUGAGGACUGUUAUGUUGAAACUCAGGAUAAAUGCUCUUCGCGGGAUGCAGCAUCCAAGGAAGUUGGAGUUUGUGCUAAUAAUAGAAACCCUACCUUGAAUGGAAAUUCUCAUUCUACGAUGAGUAGCACUUCUAGUUCUGAUAACUGCUCUUCAUGCCUUAGCGAAGGAGACAGCAAUACCUCCUCUUCUAAUCAUGGGAAUUUAGAAUCUUCAUCAUCAGAUUCUGAAGAGAUCAGUCAACAAUCAGAUGGGAAAGAUACUUCAAUCUCCAUUCAAAAUGGUUUCUCUGAGCAUCAGGUGAAAGGGAUUGAUAGCAUACAGCAUGCAAAUGGAGGGGUUGCUUUGGAAAGCCAGCCAUUGUUUGGACACUCACCUAAUGGGAGAGAUUCUUCAGUUUGCAUUCAAAAUGGUUUCACCAAAUGUCGAGCGAAAGGAAUUGAUAAAAGUCAGGAUGUCAAUAUAGGGGUUGCUUUGGAAAGCCAGGCAUCGUUUGCACAGACACCAGAUGGUGGAGGGAACAAGGUUUCCGGAAAUCCACCGACGACCGUUGAAAUUCCUGAUAAUGAAAAAUCAACUGCUAUUAUGGGUUCUCAAGAUCAAGGCAUGUUCCCAUCAGUCCAUAACCAAACUAUACAGUUUCCGGUAUAUCAAGCUCCUUCAACCAUGAGUUACUACCAUCAUAAUCCUGUUCCUUGGCCAGCUACACCUGCUAAUGGAUUAAUGCCAUUUCCUCCACCAAACCCUUACUUUUAUACCGACCCUAUUGGCUAUGGUUUAAAUGGGAACUCAGGUUUAUGCAUGUCGUAUGGCACUCUGCAGCAUUUUGGUAACCACCUGCUUAAUCCUAGUACGGUUCCAGUGUAUCAACCAGUUUCAAAGGUCAAUGGCUUGUAUGCCGAGGAUCAUAUUCAGGUUCUCAAGUCUGUUACAGCAAAAGAAGAAGCUUUCACCGGAGUUAAUACCGGGAGGGUUACUUCUGGCAGGUUGCAUACAAUAGAACAAGCAGCAAAUGGAGAAGGUAGGCGAAACGAUGUCUCUUCCAAAUCACACAGGGAUGACACUAACUUUUCCUUGUUCCAUUUCGGUGGGCCGGUGGCUCUUUCAACAGCAUGCAAAUCUAAUCCCACCCCUCUGAAAGAGGAGAUUGCCGGAGAACUUUCAUAUCAAUUUUCAGCAUCUCAGGUUGAAAAUGAUCAUGCUUGCAAUAAAAAGGAGACUAGUAUGGAGGAGUACAGUUUGUUUGCAGCGAGUAACAGCAUAAGGUUUUCGUUCUUCUAAUAUAAUUAGAUAGGUAAAGGCGACUGAUUGGAAUUUCAGUCCCUACCUUUAUUUCACAGAAUACCGACGUUUGUAAUUCAGCAUACAAUAAUCUUUUACGGUGAAAGGAAAUCCAAUUUUAGUUUAUAGUUUUUCUUUAGCGGAUUGCUACCCAAAUUUUCUCAUUGUUUUGCUCUCUUUUUAUAUUGUAGAGGAUGAAAAUGGUGGUUUGAGGCUUUAUGUACUCUUGUUUUCAUUAAUAAAGCUUUGCUGGUUUGAGGUUUUGCUUUC